UCCCCACGUGUCUGUGAAACAUCAACAUGGCAGCUGCCUGAGAUAAUGCACCCUCUGUAGAGAAAACAGACCGGAGAGUAGACAACCGGGAAAACAGGCAUCAAGCUGUAGGAAACGUCGCUCUUCGUUUAUUGCUGUAGUAGUUGCUGGGUCUGAUCAAGAAGGUUCAGCUGUGCCAGGACCCCGUCGCCAUUCUGCGAUUUCCAGUAUGUCCAGCGAGGAUGAUGACCCAAUCAUACAAGAGAUUGACGUGUACCUGGCCAAAAGCCUUGCAGACAAACUGUAUUUAUUCCAGUAUCCGGUACGCCCAGCAACUAUGACCUAUGAUGUUGCUCAUUUAUCUGCAAAAAUCAAACCCAAACAGCAGAAGGUUGAAGUGGAACUGGCUAUAGACUCCAUGAGCCCAAACUACUGCCGCAGCAAAGGAGAGCAGAUAGCCCUCAAUGUCGAUGGAAUCGCCACAGAGGAGGGCAACACAUAUUCCACGAAGCUUAUGGACAAGCAGACCUUCUCCUCCAUCCAGGCCACCACAAACACAUCUCGCUAUGCUGCUGCUGUCUUCCGGAAAGGUGAACUCCACUUGACACCGCUGCAUGGCAUUCUUCAGCUGAGACCUAGUUUCUCCUACCUGGACAAGGCAGAUUCUAAACAUCGGGAGCGAGAGGCUGCCAACGAAGGUGGGGACUCCUCUCAAGACGAGGCGGAGGAGGAUGUGAAGCAGAUCACAGUUCGUUUUUCCCGACCGGAGUCUGAGCAGGCCCGACAGCGUCGAGUCCAGUCCUACGAGUUCCUGCAAAAGAAACAUGCGGAGGAGCCCUGGGUUCACCUGCACUACUACGGACUCAAGUUCCUUGUCAUACAGUGA